AUGGUUGGCUUCAAAAUUCUUGCUUGCCUUACCCUCAUUGGCGCUGUCCAGGCUCAAAUGCCAUGGAUACCAUUGAACAUCCCGAUUCCCAAGCCGGCACCAGCACCUGCUCCAGCUGCUACUCAAGCCCCUGCGCCGGCUCCUGCACCGGCUCCAGCACCGGCUCCUGCUCCUGCGCCAGCAAUCAACCCGACUGUUGUCAGUCAAGCGCAGCAAGCAUGCACCAACGCCUUCCCUGGAACUGAGCCUGUGUUCCGUGCUGAUGGCACCCCCUACGGAUGCACUCCCAAUAUCUGCCCGUUCAGCUCACCCGUCCUGAGUGCUCAGAUUCUCAACUCUUUGUGUUUGUCUCCCGACAUGGUCCGUCUGUCGUUCGGUCUUCUUGUAGUCCUGGGCCAACGGUCUCUCGCCCAAAACCACGGUAUUGCAGCGUCAUCUUCAUUAUUGGGCUUUAACCCUACCUUCAGCUCGGCCGACACUGAAGACCCGACAGCCUCGAUGGUAUUUGUUGAGCCGGACAUCUCAAUAUUGUGCCCUGUACAGCCAUUUCAAUCCUUCCUCCUCAGUGAAAAUCCGACUGUUGUGUACAUAGCCUCUUUCGUCAGUGACGCCGAGGCACAGCAUCUUAUCCAAGAAAGCGAACCAGUCUUCGCUCCUGCCGCUGUCUAUGGCUCUGGCCAAACCCAGGUGGAUUUGAGCUCCAGGAAAUCUCUCACAGCCCUCCCAGGAAGAGAUGAAGUAGUUCGAUGCCUCGAGCAACGAGCCCGCACGAAUCAGGAUUGGGAGCUCGGGAUGACGAUUGAAGCUAUUUCCGUGCAGCGGUAUGAGGAGAACGGCUUCUUCCGACACCAUUACGACGCCUUCGGGGAGUCAUACAGGAAAGACCGCAAGACCACAUUGAACGUAUUCUUGCAUGCGAACUGCACAGGGGGCGGAACUCACUUUCCCUAUCUGCCGAAGCCUGAAGAUAAUAGGUGGUGCGAGUUCAUUGACUGUGACUCGGAUCAACCGGGGGUGACUUUCAAGCCUAUUGCCGGCAACGCAGUCUUUUGGGAGAAUAUCCGGCCGGAUGGUUCGGUGUACGCCGAAACUCUACAUGCUGGCAUGCCUGUCCUGUCGGGAUCUAAAAUUGGAUUGAAUAUUUGGACCUGGACCAAGGACCGCAGAAUGUGA